AUGCCACCAACACCUCCAAUUGUAAAAAAAGUAAGAAUUAUUUUAAAUAAUUUAUUCUAAAAUAUUUAUAAUUGUUCAGAAACCACUUAUGAGAAGCUACUGUAGAUAUUGUGGAGCUUCGAAAACGAGAGCAGAAUUGACAAAUGUUCCAUUCAACAGAUAUACUGUUUUUAGAUGGUCCAAAAUUUUAGGAAGAUCGUUUUUUGAGAAUGUGAAGGCAUUUGCGACCAACACUAUUUGUAAGAGUCAUUUUGACAAUGAAAGAAGAGGAAGAUAUGAUUUGCCGAAAAAAAUGGAAGAUGAUUUGGAUGAUCAGGUUAGUUCAACUAUCUAACUUAGUUGUCGGAAUAAUUAAUAUUCCAAAACCCAUGUUUUUGAGGAUGAAGUUACAAUGGAAGAAGUCAACGAAGUUGAAAAAUUCACCGGAGACAAAUUGAUUUCAGGAGUCAAAAAAGAAGUUUUGACUCAACCAUGUCAUAUUUGCGGAGAAAUUUGUGAAAAAGAUUUAAUGACAUCAGUUCCAAGAAAAUCAAAAUGGGUUCUAAUUCUGAAAAUGCAAUGCAAUCCAGAGGAUACUUUUCCAGUUUUUGUUUGUGCUCGACAUUUUGUUAAUAUUAAUCAUUCCGUUUAUGUUAAUGCCUUGACUGUAAAUAACACGCGUAGUUCGUCAAACGAACAUAAAACUUUUUGA